GGUGGUUUCCUCUUGGAGUGCGGAGGUCGGGCGAUUGCUUGGGUGCAGACCGCCGUGGUUUGGGUGCAGAGGUGACUACGUAGCUGAGGCUGGUACUGAGCCAGCACAGAAAUUUGGUGAAAGGAAAGAACAAGUUAAUGGUCAAGUUUUAAGAUGGACUCGGAAUACCUAUCAGCAACUGGUUCUCUGGACUACAUAACAGCAUCGGAUUCAGCUAUGGAAAAUGAAAAUCAAAGUGAUAACUCUUCCUCUGGUAGCAGCUUAUUUAAAACUCAGUGUGUUCCUUGCUCACCUAAACGGAGGCAAAGAAAUCCUGUUAGAAAAUGUGUUAGUUCACUUGAAAGUGUUCAAGCAAGAGAUUCGUCCAGUGACUCAUCUUUCGAACCAAGACCACUGACUUUGAAAGCUAUUUUUGAAAGAUCCAAGAAAAAAAAACGUAAAAAGAGGAAAUACAAGCCAAUAGGAAGACCAAGGGAAAGACCAGAAGGAAGGAAAAUCACAAGGUCACGCAUAAAUAAGAAACAAUUUAAAGAUAACAGACCCCAGUUCCCAGUUUUAGAAUCAGAGAAUGGAAGAAAACCAUUACCUUGGAGAAAAAUUUUAACAUUUGAGCAAGCAGUGGCAAGAGGAUUUUUCAACUACCUUGAAAAACUGAAGUAUGAAUACCACCUCAAGGAAUCCUUGAAACAGAUGAAUGUUGGUGAAGAUCUAGAAAAAGAUGACCUUGAUAGUCGUAGAUAUAAAUACUUGGAUGAUGAUGGAUCUCUCUCUCCUAUUGAAGACCCAGUGGGAGAGGAUGAAGCUGAAACAAACCUUGAACAUGAUGAAUGUGAUAUCAAAUUGGUGGAGAAUAGUUACUUCAUAAUAAGUUCUGACUUACCAGAGAAGAUGAAUGCGUAUUUAGAACAAGAAUAUACUGGAGAAGCUGCUUUGUCUAAAAAGAGAGUAUCAAAGUGCAAAAACAUUGGACAGAAGACAGAACAGCCUGAAAUGGAGAUAGGAAUAUGAACAUAAAGGGCUUUAUGUUGAAAACACAGUUUUUGGACUUAAAGGUUUUUUGUAUAUUUCGAAGAUCUGUACUAUUCUAGGUAGUGAUAACUUAGGACUGAUAUGAUACGAAGUUACUCAUGUUUACAGGGUGCCUGAAACUGAGAAACCAGGCAGAUCCAUCUACUUUGACCCUGUGGCCCUAAAGUAAACUGCUUGAGGAAAUUGGACUCCAACAAUUAUAGGACCAACUGUCAUGGCAAGUGACUGGAUUGAGCCAAAAAAGGAAGUAAGACUCAGACUCGAGAAACCAAGGACUCAGAACAUGUGAAAUUCCUUAAAUAAAAAUUUAUUAACUUUAAAUAAAUAAAAACUCUUUACACUCUUUGUACAAAGUCA